GAACCCUGGCAACCUCUCUUCCCGGCGGCGGCGGUGGAAGUAGUCCCGGCGUGCGCUCCAAUGGGUUCCUACGCCGCGGGAGUAAGAGGAUGGCGACCUCGUCGAUGCCGGAGCCGGACAGGGACGCGGACGCGAGAGGCUCGGAGUGAAAACCCCAGGCCCUACGCUUCACUGUCAGUCGGUUCCCCGAGCCCAUGGAGGAGAACGAAGUGGAAAGCAGUAGUGACGCGGGCCCUCGGCCUGGCCAGCUCGAGGAGCCCACUGAGAGCGGCCUGGGAGUGGGCACCUCGGAAGACGUGUCAGCGGACAGCAGCGAUGCCGCCACCACCCCUGGGCUGGCUGAGGCCGAUGAUUCUGGUGUGGGACAAAGCUCAGACAGCGGCAGCUGUUCAGUGGAGGAGGUAUCUGAGAGCAUCUCAGCGGGUCCCUUGCCUCAUGGCUACCUCCCUGAUUCAUCUUCCGUGGUAGCAGAGGUACCUGGUGGUCCCCUGCCCCAGGUGCACUCCAGCGCUCUCCCGGACCCCAGUGUGCUGGUGUCUGACUGCACGGCUUCCUCCUCAGACCUGGGCUCUGCCAUCGACAAGAUCAUCGAGUCCACUAUUGGGCCCGACCUCAUCCAGAGCUGCAUCCCCGUGACCAGUGCUGAAGAAGGCGGGGCUGAGACCACGCAGUACCUGAUCCUGCAGGGUCCAGAUGAUGGUGCUCCCAUGGCAUCUCCAAUGUCUACUUCCACCCUGGCCCAUAGCCUGGCAGCCAUCGAGGCCCUGACCGAUGGCCCCACAUCCACAUCCACGUGCCUGGAGCCCCUGGGUGAGCCCACCUCUCUAGCACAGCCACCCCCAGUCCCCAGUGCUGAGGAGCUGGACCUGCAGAACCUGGAGGCCAUGAUGGAGGUGGUGGUAGUGCAGCAGUUCAAAUGCAAGAUGUGCCAGUACCGGAGCAGCACCAAGGCUACACUGCUGCGGCACAUGCGGGCACGGCACCUCCGCCCAGUGGCAGCAGCUUCAGCCAGUAAGAAGAGUCGUCUGCGAAAGUGGGGCAGCUCCACCAAGACCUCAGAGGAGGAAGGACCUGAGGAGGAGGAUGAUGACGACAUUGUAGACGCAGGGGCCAUCGAUGACCUUGAGGAAGACAGUGACUACAACCCAGCCGAGGAUGAGCCCCGAGGCCGGCAGCUCCGGCUCCAGCGCCCCACCCCUAGUACCCCAAGACCCCGAAGGAGGCCUGGUAGGCCUCGGAAGCUGCCUCGCCUGGAGACCUCAGACCUCCCAGAUGGUGUAGAAGAGCCUCUAGUGAGUUCCCAGAGCGGACAGAGCCUUCCAGAGCCACAGGACCCUGAGGCCCCCAGCUCCUCAGGCCCGGGAUGCCUGGGGUCCCUGGGCCAGACAUGCAGGGGCCCAGAGGAGCCUGGUGUGAGCCAGUCAGAUGCAGAGAACGCAGCCCCCUCCUGCCAGGAUGAGCCUGAUGUCCCGCCCCGCCGCCGAGGGCGACCCUCUAGGCGGUUCCUAGGCAAAAAGUACCGCAAGUACUACUACAAGUCGCCCAAGCCACUCCUGAGGCCCUAUCUGUGCCGCAUAUGCGGCUCGCGCUUCCUGUCCCACGAGGACCUGCGUUUCCACGUCAACUCCCACGAGCCUGGCGACCCGCAGCUCUUCAAGUGUCUGCAGUGCAGCUACCGCGCUCGCCGCUGGUCCUCACUCAAGGAGCACAUGUUCAACCACGUGGGCAGCAAGCCCUACAAGUGUGACGAGUGCAGCUACACCAGCGUCUACCGGAAGGACGUCAUCCGGCACGCAGCCGUGCACAGCCGGGACCGGAAGAAGAGGCCAGAUCCGCCCCCGAAGCUGAACUCGUUUCCUUGCCCUGUGUGUGGCCGUGUGUACCCCAUGCAGAAGCGGCUGACGCAGCACAUGAAGACGCACAGCACCGAGAAGCCCCACAUGUGCGAUAAGUGUGGAAAGUCUUUUAAGAAGCGCUACACUUUCAAGAUGCACCUGCUCACACACAUCCAGGCUGUCGCCAACCGCAGGUUCAAAUGUGAGUUCUGCGAGUUUGUUUGUGAGGACAAGAAAGUGCUGCUGAAUCACCAGCUGUCCCACAUCAGUGACAAGCCUUUCAAGUGCAGCUUUUGUCCCUACCGCACCUUCCGGGAAGACUUCCUUCUGUCUCACGUGGCUGUCAAACACACAGGGGCCAAGCCCUUCGCCUGUGAGUACUGCCACUUCAGCACUCGCCACAAGAAGAACCUGCGGCUGCACGUUCGGUGCCGACACGCGGGCAGCUUUGAGGAGUGGGGGCGGCGCCACCCCGAGGAGCCCCCCUCCCGCCGCCGCCCUUUCUUCUCUCUGCAGCAGAUAGAGGAGCUGAAGCAGCAGCACGGUGCAGCCCCCGGGCCACCGCCCAGCUCUCCCACUCCUCCUGAGGCCCCCUCAGAGGCUGCGUCUUUCCAGUCAGCCGAGCCUCCCCCACUGCUCUGUCCUGAUACCCUGAAUGGCGCCACCAUCAUCUACCAGCAAGGAGCUGAGGAGUCUACUGCAAUGGCCACACAGACUGCCUUGGAUCUGCUGUUGAACAUGAGUGCUCAGCGGGAGCUGGGGGCCACAGCUUUGCAGGUGGCCGUGGUAAAGUCAGGCAUGGAAGCGGAGUUAACAUCUCCUGGUGGCCAGCCCUGUCCUGAAGACACCACUCCACAAGUGGUGACGCUCCAUGUGGCCGAGCCAGGGCCCAGUGUGGCCACCGAGAACCAGCUAGCCCCCCCUGACCUACAGCAGAUUGCCUUGCCGCCGUUUGGUGGGCCUGGUUACAGUGUCAUCACCGCGCCCCCCAUGGAGGAGGGGACGUCAGCCCCUGGCACACCUUACAGUGAGGAGCCUCCAGGGGAGGCAUCCCAGGCUGUGGUUGUAAGUGACACACUCAAGGAGCCUGGCACCCACUACAUCAUGGCAGCCGAUGGAACCCAGCUGCAUCACAUUGAGUUGACUGCAGAUGGUUCCAUCUCCUUCCCCACCCCGGAUACCCUGACCUCUGGAGCCAAAUGGCCCCUGCUACAGUGUGGGGGGCUGACCAGAGAUGGCCCUGAGGCCUCAUCUUCAGCCAAGAUCCACCAGGUGGGGGUCCCCCAGGGCUCGGCCUCCCCACCUCCUGCAGCCAGCAAAGCCCUGGGCCUGGUGGUGCCACCCUCCUCACCAUCUGCAGCCGCUGCCUCAUCAAAGAAGUUCUCCUGCAAAGUGUGUGCAGAGGCCUUCCCAGGCCGAGCCGAGAUGGAAAGUCACAAACGGGCACAUGCUGGGCCUGCCGCCUUCAAGUGCCCUGACUGCCCCUUCAGUGCCCGCCAGUGGCCUGAGGUCCGGGAGCACAUGGCGCAGCACUCGAGCCUGAGACCCCACCAGUGCAGCCAGUGCAGCUUUGCCUCCAAGAACAAGAAGGACCUGCGGCGGCACAUGCUCACCCACACCAAUGAGAAGCCUUUCUCGUGCCACCUCUGUGGGCAGCGUUUCAACCGGAAUGGGCACCUCAAGUUUCACAUCCAGCGGCUGCACAGCGCCGACGGAAGGAAGACGGGGCCUCCUGCGGCCCGGGCCUCAGCUCCGGCCCCCACUCAGACCAUCAUCCUCAACAGCGAUGAUGAGACCCUGGCCACUCUGCACACUGCCCUCCAGUCUGGUCACGGAGUCUUGGGCUCAGAACGGCUGCAGCAGGCACUGGGCCAGGAACACAUCAUUGUAGCCCAGGAACAGACAGUGACCAAUCAGGAAGAAGCCACCUAUAUCCAAGAAAUCACUACAGCAGAUGGCCAGACGGUACAGCACCUGGUGACUGCUGACAACCAGGUGCAGUACAUCAUCUCUCAGGACGGUGUCCAGCACCUACUGCCUCAGGAGUAUGUCGUGGUCCCUGAUGGCCACCAUAUCCAGGUCCAGGAGGGCCAGAUCACACACAUCCAGUAUGAGCAAGGUGCCCCAUUCCUGCAGGAGUCCCAGAUCCAGUAUGUGCCUGUGUCCCCAGGCCAGCAGCUUGUCACUCAGGCUCAACUUGAGGCUGCAGCACAUUCUGCUGUUACAGCGGUGGCUGAUGCUGCCAUGGCCCAAGCCCAGGGCCUGUUUGGCACUGAGGAAGCAGUGCCUGAACACAUUCAACAGCUGCAGCACCAGGGCAUCGAGUAUGACGUCAUCACCCUGACAGACGACUGAGCCCCUUGGGCCCAGUGCACAUUAUGGAUAUCGAGGCCAGCUCUUCUGGGAACAGGAGGACCCACCUUCCUGUCCUACUUAGGGCCUCCACAUUCUGAGCAGCCAGAAUCUUGUGACUCCAAAGGAGCCAGACCUGUGCUGUUGGGGUUGGGGGGCAGUCAUGGGCCCCAGCCACAAUACACUGGGUGCCCCAGCCUGCAGGCAGGCUUUGAAAGAGAUUUAUUUUUGUUUGGAUGGACCCACUGGCCCUCAUUCUCAAUAAAGGGACCAGAGUCCAGCCCGGA